UUUCUUUUUUUUGUCAGCACAGCUCAGUGUUGCUUCUGACUCUGGUGUGAAACACACUGACGGACUACUCUUGAUGAAAUCACAGACAGUAUUACAAUAAUACUAUUUCUCCCCCUGCAAAGGUAAACUCAGACUAAAAGGAUUAUUCCUUGAGAACUGGCCAACACUAUCUUAUUACUUUUUUUUCCCUGCCCCUGAAAAGAUCAGAGCACGGAUGGACCUGAACUGUGCCACGUUCCUCCUGGUGUUGUGCUCUUUCAACAAGCUGCUGGUGGCGGCGAGCCCUGAAGACAAUUACCAAGAGCACGUGAACCACGGAGAACCUCAGUCCACGCGGAACCAAAUCACCACGGCCCAGUACGAAUGCUUCCAGCGGAUCAUCAGGCAGUCGCACCGCCCGUCAAAAACAAUAGGACCAGUGUGCAACACAACAUGGGAUGGAUGGCUGUGCUGGGAUGAAACUGAAGCCGGCCUCACAACCGAGCAGAGCUGCCCAGACUACUUCACAGACUUUGACUCUAAUGCGGUGGCAUCCAAAGUCUGCUCGGAGACGGGCGAGUGGGGACUCCACCCAGACAGCAAGAGGACAUGGACCAACUUCACCAACUGCAAAGGCAGCACCACACAUCACACGGCGGCGGCGAUGUCGCACUUCUACCUGGUUAUGAUCGGUCAAGGACUGUCCCUGGUGUCUUUGCUCGUUUCAUUGGGAAUAUUCUUCUAUUUCAAGAGUCUGAGCUGCCAGAGAAUUACCCUCCACAAAAACCUCUUCCUCUCGUUCGUGCUGAACUCGGUCAUCACCGUCGUCCUGCUGAACACUGUGACGGAGAAACAGGGUCACACGAGCAGAGAUUCCGCGAGCUGUAAGCUCGUCAUGUUCGUCCACAUGUACCUGCUGAGCUGCAACUACUUCUGGAUGCUCUGCGAGGGGAUUUACCUGCACACGCUCAUCGUCGUGGCCGUGUUUGCGGAAAAGCAACACCUCAUAUGGUAUUUCAUGCUGGGCUGGGGUUUUCCGCUGGUGCCGGCGGUGAUAUACUCCAUAGCGCGCCACUUCUACUACAAUGACAAAUGUUGGGUCAGCCCUACUUCCUUGCUGUACAUUAUCCACGGCCCCAUGUGUGCCGCGCUGGUGGUGAACCUCUUCUUCCUGCUGAACAUCGUGCGCAUUCUCAUCACCAAGCUGAGGGUGACGCACCAGGCCGAGUCCAGCCUGUACAUGCGAGCGGUGAGGGCCACCCUCAUCCUCAUCCCGCUGCUCGGCAUCCAGUUCGUCCUGUUCCCCUACAAGCCCCAGGAACACUGGGCCACCGAGAUCUACAUAUACAUCAUGGAGAUCUUCAUGCAUUACCAGGGUCUCUUGGUUUCUACAAUAUUCUGCUUCUUCAACGGGGAGGUCCAGAGCGUUCUGCGGAGACACUGGAAUCAGCAGCGGAUGCAGUUCGCCGGCACAUUCGCCAACGCCGACUUCUUCCGCUCGGCCUCCUACGUGGCGUCGUCCCUCACAGAGGUCCACCGCUGCUACAGCAUCGAAAGCCACACGGAGCACAUGAACAGCAAGAGCUACUCUGACAUAUUCCGAUCGGACAGCCCUUUCGUGUGAAGCUGCUGGCCCUCAUCACCCGAGAUCUUUUCCCAUGUUCAGAAGAUUUUUUUUUUCCCUUUCUGUUUUUGGGGGGAGCUAUGCUACUACCACUCACACAUUUUUAUUCUUUUUUUUUUUAAAUUCUCACUCAUCGUACCCAUGCAGAAGAAGUGUGGGACCAACGAUCCAACAAAUAUAUCCAAAGGGGCUGAAGACCAUGUGAAUCGAACAGCCUCAAUAUGCGGCUUCAAUACAAGGAAUUAAUGCGUUUCUGAUUCAUGUGGAGUAAACUUGGGGAGCUGUCCUGUUCUGCCACGACCUCGCAAAGACAGGCGUUGUGAUUGUCUGCACGUGACUCUGCAGCAGAACGAUCUUCUUCAGUAAUAAUGUCCUUGGUUAGUGGGUCGGAGGCACAUUCGUUUGGAGUCAGCUUAAAUAACGAAGAUGAGGCUUGUCCAAAGACCCGCGCAUACCUUCGGGAAAGUACAAAGGAAUGACGCGCCACGAUUUCUGUGGUAUGUCGCAACAAAACUGGACCAAAAUAAGAAAUAAACCGCUUGCUACAGCAUGCUAAAUGACGUUUCAGCUUCAGCCACUUCUUCGAGACAAAUUUUGAAUUGUGUUUGCUAUAUUUAUGAAACAUUAAUUUUUGCUAAAUUAAACAAGUAAACAGUUUUACAGCAGUAGCAUUUGCUUUAAGUUGACGUUCACUGACUUUCGCUUUGUCCACAAAACUGCUGGAGAGAUGAUUGUCAAUCAGGUAGUGAAGAGUGGAUGUGUUUGUACAUCACAAUAUAUCUGACUGUGUUCGAAUAUGACACAUAUCACGGUGCAAAAUAUGAAUCACUGCAUUGUAUUUAGACUGCCAAAAGUGUACUUUUAUAUUUUUUGAAUUUAGGAGCACAUCACUGCAAGUCACGUAGUCCGCCGCUUGUUUGAUUAUAAUCCAUGAAGAGUAUAAAAUGUCACGCUACAUGUUUUUACAUCCUCCAAAGAUUGCUUUGCGUCCAGGAAAGAAAAAAUCAGCAGGAACUGACUUCUAUUGAACAACUUAUAAGUAAUACAUGAUACUGCAAUGUCUCUCAUCUCUGGACUUGAUUGAAGAGCUGCUGGUUUCAGCCUUCAACUGCAUUACAUAUAACUUAUUUGUAAUGUCGCGAAUCAAUCAAAAUCCACUGAAAAAUAAUAGUUUGGGAAAUUUAGGAAACGCACUUAUCCGCUUCCUUGCCGAGAGUUAGAUGAGGACACUAGGAAGACAGUGAAAUAGCCAGUAUCAUUAGCCAUAAUGUUUGAAGUAUUAUUUUUUCUUUCAUUGUUCACAGAAUCACAUCAUAUCUCUGCUAUUCAUAAUACUGUAUGUGCAAUAUAACAAUUCACAAGAUUGGAUGAGAACAUGAUUCUGCACUGACUUUUUGAUGAUUGAAGAGAAAAAGAUUGUUUGUCCGCAUACAUGCCACUAUGUGUGUGUGUGUGUAUGUGUGUGUGUGUGUGUCUGUGUGUGUGUGUGUACCGAAAGCUUCUAAAUUCAUGGUUCAAUCUCGAGCUUUCAGCCUAUUCUCCUCGUGCCUUCUUCAGCACAAGGAAGUACAGUAUUUUAUUACAGAUACUUUUAUUUUCUCUCUCUACCAAUGUCAAGGAUCAACCCUGGUCGUAAAAAAGUGUGUGUAUAUAAAACACAGAUGUGUGUUUCCACUCGUCAUUUUUUUUACGUGAUGGUCGCGAUGAUGCUUGUUUAUACUGAAAUAAUAAUGCUGUAAAUAAAAAUAGUGUUUUAACGGAAAUUCAA